GCGCGCUGACUGGUGCUGCUCAACACAACAGUGUGGAGAGGAGUGGGAAGAUGGGCGAUGAGCGAGUGGCAGAGACGUUUGCCUUGUGGAUGGGUAAUGAGCUCAACAUGCCGACGACAGACGCUCGUGUUGGCGCCGCUGCUCUCGCCGCCGCACGGGCUGCCUCCUCGGCGGACGACCUGGUAGCACGUCUGUCCGAGUUUGGCAAGGUCUCCACCGAGACCGCCCAGGAGAUGCUUGACGAGAUUGGUCAGGGCAGCCGCCGCCAGCCAGCCGGGAUGGGCCUCAAACGACGCCGCAGUCCGGAGGGAGGUGCAGCAGGCGAGCGGAAGCGGGCCAAGAGCGGCGUGGCGCCUGCGGAUGCGCGGUUGCUAUCGUUUGGCAAUGAGCAGCGUGGGAGUCGUGGCGACGCGAGCAGGAUCAGGCCAAGGAGCGCGGCAAGCAGCGCGCCGGCGCCAGCGGCGUCGAUGGAAGACGUCGAGGCUGAGGUACUUGAGCGCGAGGGCGACCGCGAGUGGUACAACGACGAUGGCGGAGUGUAUGACCCCGACGCGGACCCGUGGGUCGUAGCGGCAGAGGCGGCGCCCGAGGCGCGGAUGGAGGCGGGCGCACACCUCGCCAAGCAGCAAGUUGGGUCGCUGACGGCCAAGCAAGCUGCGUACACCUCGGCGCUCGACAAGUGGGAGCGCGACCGGAUGGCGUCGUCGGGAGUCAAGGGCGUGCGCAAGGUGCGGACGCUGCUGGCCGGCGACGACGAUGAGUCGCACCUCCGGGUCCACAUGCUUGUCACGCUCUCGGUCCCGCCGUUCCUCGACGGCCGCAUCAAGUACACCAAGCAGAGCUCCAUGGUGUCGUGUGUUAAGGAUCCGACGUCGGACAUGGCUGUCAUUGCGCGCAAGGGCUCGGCGGCGCUCCGCGAGUUCCGAGCCCGCGCAGAGCGACUGAAGGCCGAGGGCCAAUACUGGAAGCUUGCCGGGACCCAGCUCGGGAAGCUGAUGCGGGUCUCGGCGGCGGAAGAGAACGCGCAGGACGACGCACGGCUGUCGGCGAUUCAGCGCCAGCUCCGCGCGCAGAAGCGGGCCGAGGAGUCCGCGCUCGAGGCCGCCGCCCAGUCGGGCGACACCCGCGCCGCAUCACAGUACGGCGCAGGCAAGACAUCAACAGCCGGUGAGCGGGCGACGGCGUCGGAGAGUCUGGCUGCUACCCGCAAGUCGCUGCCGAUCUACACCGUCCGCGACAAGCUGCUCCAGGUCAUCCGCGAGAACCGGGUCGUUGUCAUCAUCGGCGAGACCGGGUCCGGCAAAACGCUCAGCUUCCGCAGCGGUCUCAAGAUCGGGUGCACCCAGCCGCGGCGAGUGGCAGCCAUGUCUGUGGCAAAGCGUGUGGCCGAAGAGGUCGGCGUCCCGCUUGGCGCCGAGGUUGGGUACUCGAUCCGGUUCGAGGACAUGACAUCGCCGACGACACGGAUCAAGUACAUGACCGACGGCAUGCUGCUUCGCGAGUCGCUGCGCGACUCGGCGCUCGACGGAUACUCGGUCCUGGUGCUUGAUGAGGCGCACGAGCGGUCGCUCAACACCGACGUCCUGUUCGGCCUCCUCCACCGGGUUCUCGCGCAGCGGCUGGAUCUCAAAGUCAUUGUGACGUCUGCAACGAUGGACGCCGACAAGUUCUCUGCGUUCUUUGGUGGCGUGCCCAUCUUUUCCAUUCCUGGGCGGACGUAUCCGGUCGACGUCCUCUUCUCCAAAACAGUACAGGAGGACUACGUUGACGCGGCCGUCAACCAGAUUCUGCGGAUCCACCUCUCGCAGCCUGUCGGCGACAUCCUGGUGUUUAUGACGGGACAAGCCGAGGUGGAAGCCGUUUGCCAGCUGGCGAUGGAGAAGCUUGACGAGCUCGACACGCCGGCGCCGCUCCUCAUGCUGCCCAUCUACUCGCAGCUCCCUGCGGACAUGCAGUCGCGGGUGUUCGAGGCAGCGCCGCCGGGCUUCCGCAAAUGCGUGGUGGCAACAAACAUUGCCGAGACCUCGCUGACGGUCGACGGCAUUGUUUAUGUUGUCGACUGUGGCUACUGCAAGACCAAGGCGUUCAACCCGCGAAUCGGCAUGGAUGCGCUGCUGGUCACGCCAAUCUCGCAAGCCAACGCGAACCAGCGGUCGGGGCGUGCCGGGCGAACCGGGCCGGGCACGGCGUAUCGGCUCUACACCCGGUCGCAGUACGAGCUCGAGAUGCUGUCGACUGGCAUUCCCGAGAUCCAGCGGACCAAUCUCGGCAACGUGGUGCUCUUGCUCAAGUCGCUCGGCGUUGACGAGCUGAUGCAAUUUAACUUUAUGGAUCCGCCGCCGGAGGACACCAUUCUCUCGUCGAUGUACCAGCUCUGGGUCCUUGGCGCGCUCGACAACGUGGGUGAGCUGACGGCGACUGGGCGGCUCAUGGUCGAGUUUCCGCUCGAUCCGCAGCUCUCCAAGAUGCUUGUGCUCUCGGCAGAGCUGGGGUGCUCGGCUGAAGUGGUCAUCAUCACUGCCAUGCUCUCGGUGCCCAACGUGUUUGCGCGGCCCAAGUCGCGCGAGACCGAGGCCAACGCGGCGCGCGAAAAGUUCAACGUCGCCGAGUCGGACCAUCUCACCCUCCUCCACGUCUACCAGCAGUGGACAGCGAACAAGUGCUCGAGUGCAUGGUGCACCAAGCACUUUGUGCAGAUGAAGGCCCUCAUCCGGGUCCGCGAAGUCCGCGCCCAGCUGCUGGACAUCAUGAAGUCGCAGCGGCUGCCGGUCAUCUCGUGUGGCUCUGACUGGGAUGUGGUCCGCAAGACCAUCGCCGGCGCCAUGUUUGAAAAGGCGGCCCGGAUCAAGGGCAUCGACGAAUAUGUCAAUCUCCUCACUGCCAUGCCGUGCCACCUACAUCCGUCGUCGGCGCUCAUCGGGCUCGGCUACUCGGCCGACUACGUCGUCUACCACGAACUCGUCCUCACCUCGAAGGAGUACAUGCGGGUGGUGACCGCCGUCGAUCCGCACUGGCUCGCCGAGUUUGGCUCGGCGUUCUACGCCGUCAAAGAUGGCAUCGGCUCGCGCGCCUCGCGCGCACGUGAGCUCGCCUCGCGCAAGGCCGACAUGGAGGAGGAGAUGCGGCUCUCGCGCGCCCUCUCGCGCGCACCGUCGUCGGCCGUAUCCGCCCCGCCGCGGUCACGCGCCGCGUCGGUCGCCAUUGGUGUCGUCUCACAGCGCCGCCACUCGGCACCGACUCCCACAGGUGGGAUCGCUCCGCCGCCGCCGCCCUCUUCCGCCCCGCCGCCGCCGUCUUCUGCCGCUCCGCUGCUCGAGACCGGGGUGAAAGGCAAGGACAAGGCCAAGAAGAAGAAGAAGAAGAAGAAGAAGGACAAGCUCCCAUCGACCGCCGACCUCAUCGCCGCUGUCCACAUGCAAUCGGCAGCCGCCGCCAAGAAGCGCAAACGUGGCCGAUUGUAGCCAUCGGCCAACCGGC